CCCUUUCCAAAAAAGACCACCCAUCCCCAAGGAAGGCGCGGAAGAACCACUCGCCUCCUCGCGAGGAGGCGGAACACUGUCGCACGCUCUUCAUCUGGAACCUUUGCGGAGAAGGUGCUUGUUUACCGGAGGGACCGGAAAGGGAGGGACCAGAAAGGCAGCAGCACACCGGCGAUGUGGGGGCUGAGGGCCGUGAGGGCUCGUGCCUGGGGCCUGGCUGGGCGCCGCGGCGCAGGCCGAGGGACCGACUGGCCUUGGGCAACAGGAUUAGAAGGAAAGCAAAUCAACAGGACUCUGCUCAUAACACCUUGGCUAUUCAAUGAUAAAGGAAUCAUGUGUUUAAAAUCUAACAAUAUAACUAUUGCCUACUCAGAUAAUAUGAAAAGUUACAGAUAUAUUGGAAUGAGAUUGCAUAACACUUCAACAACAGUGGAUCCAAAUGAGAUGAAAACAUUUCAGGCCCUGGCAUACAAAUGGUGGGAUGAGCAAGGAGCAUAUGCACCUCUUCAUUCUAUGAAUGACUUAAGGGUGCCAUUUAUUAGAGAUAACCUUUUGAAAAUGAUUACUAAUCAUCACUUGGAAAGUCCGUUGUCUGGAAUGAAGAUUCUAGAUGUUGGCUGUGGAGGUGGAUUGUUAAGUGAACCUCUAGGGCGACUAGGAGCUUUGGUUACUGGAAUUGAUCCUUUGAAUGAGAAUAUUAAAACAGCACAACAGCACAAAUCAUUUGAUCCAAUCCUGGACAAGAGGAUCCAGUACAAAGCAUGUUCCCUGGAAGACAUUGUAGAAGAGACUGCAGAAACUUUCGAUGCUGUUGUAGCUUCAGAGGUUGUGGAGCAUGUGAAUGAUUUGGAAACCUUUAUUCAGUGCUGCUGCCAAGUAUUAAAACCUGGAGGCUCUUUGUUCCUAACUACAAUCAACAAAACACACCUUUCCUAUGCUUUAGGAAUUAUUUUUGCUGAACAAAUUGCAGGCAUCGUACCCAAAGGAACUCAUACCUGGGAGAAGUUUGUUUCACCAGAAGAAUUAGAGAGCCUUUUAGAAUCAAAUGGUCUUUUGGUCCAGACAAUAACAGGAAUGCUGUACAAUCCUUUCUCAGGCUACUGGAGAUGGACUGAACAUACCAGCCUUAAUUAUGCAGCUCAUGCCAUAAAAUCUAGUGCAAAAGUGGAAACUGAAGAGCAUCAUACUAAAUCUCCUGGCAUAGAUGGCCAGGAGGCAUCUCAGAAAUGAAUCACUUCUAUACAUUUUAGUAAUGUUACUUGCUAUUCUAAUGUUUUAAAAUAUGAAAACCUGUAAAAAAAUUAACUUUCUAGAAAGAUCAUGGAGGAAAAGAACAAAAAUACAAGAAAAAAUUCUUUUCAAAAUUAUAGCUACCUUCACAUCCCUGUUUUAAUACCAAAAUCUUAGCUUUACUAAAGUAGUAUAUUUAAACUACAGGGCUUUUUCAGGUUGGCAUGUCUUCUCCCCUAUUAUCUGUAUUUACUCUAAAUUUUUCAUCUUAUAGAAAUGUUAUUAUCAAAUCUUGUCUUUAUUUUUAAUUUUUUUAAAGGUAUCAUAUUUCUCUUUAUCUUAGUUUUAAAUUGUCAUGCAACUUAAUAGUAAAGAUUUCAUAGAUUUCUCAGAGUAUAUCUUUUAUGUGAAAUAUAUUUGAAAAUAGGUGGAUGUUUUUUCUAGUCCAUUGCAGCUACUUCUUGGGGCCUAUAGAUUUUUUAAAAUUUUAUUUUAACUUUUUUCAAUGAAUAAAAAAAAUUUAUUUGCUCUCCUCACAUUCCUGUCUUAUUGGGAAAAAAAAGAAAAGAAAGGCAAAGUCUUUGUAAUAAACAUGCAUAGAAAAGCAAAACAAAUUUCUCCAUUGACCAUGUUCAAAAAUUAUGUUUGAAUUUUUGCUCUUAAUCCAUGAAUUCUCUAUAAGGUAGUAUGUAUUGUUCUUGAAUCUUUCAAUUUGCUUGUCUUCAGUGUUGCUGUUUUAUAUAAAUUGUUCUGAUUCUGCUCAUUUUAUUCUAUAUUGGUUCAUACACAUCUUACUAGUUUUCUUUGAGAUUGUCAUUUUCAUCAUUUCUUAUGACAUAGUUUUCCAUUACAUUCAUGUUCCAUAAUUUGUCUAGCUAUUCCCCAGUUAUCGAGGACACCCCACCUACUCAGUUCCAUUCACUAUCACUACAAAGAACUAUAUUGUUGUUAAUAAAGUACAUGUUGAUAAAGCUGUGAAUUUGUCUUGCCAUUAAAAAAAAAUUGAUAUGUCCCCAAAAUAACUAAGCUGGGAAUAUUCUUUGACUACUGGGCCUGUAUUUCAAGAUCAAAGAGAGACCUAAAGAUUUUUUGUAGAGGCAAAAACCUAUUAAAGAUGCAAAAAGCAA